CAACUUCUAAAAGAGAGAGAGGAGACAUCAACUAAUGGUGGUGGACUAACACUGCAAACAAGUGAAAAGCUCAGAAAAUGUGUAAAGGAUUAGCUGCCCUGCCCCAGACAUGUCUGGAAAGGGCUAAGGAGAUCAAGACUAAAUUGGGAACUCUGCUUCAGAAGCCAGAGAAUUCCAUCGACCUUAUUAUCCCCUACCAAGAAAAGCCUGAGAAGAAACCAGAGAAGCUUCAGAAACCCACACCUGAAGAAGCGUCCCAAUGGCGUGAGUCCCUUGAGAAAGUCCUCUCCAACAGCUACGGCCUGGCCACCUUCAAGAGCUUUCUUAGAUCUGAGUUCAGCGAGGAGAAUAUUGAGUUCUGGGAGGCUUGUGAGGGCUUCAAGAAGAUCAAGUCCCCCCUUAAAAUGUCCACUAAAGCCAAGAAGAUUUAUGAGGACUUCAUUCAGACCGGUGGGCCCAAAGAGGUGAACAUCGACCACUUCACCAAAGAUGUGACUUUGAGGAACCUGGUGGAUCUUUCUCCAGCCACCUUCGAGCUGGCUCAGAGCCGGAUCUACACCUUGAUGGAGAAAGACUCCUUCGGUCGCUUUCUGCGGUCUGAGCAGUAUCAGGAACUCCUCAAGUAAACUGACUUGCCCAGCUGCAGGGAGACUCUUUUUUUGGUCCCUUCACGGUCUUAGAAAACACUUUUAAAGUCUUUAAUACCCACUUUUUGGCACAUUUCUAAAGCUCAUUCAACAAUACCACAGUUGUUUAUUUUGUGAAAGUGGAAAACACCGGGCACAGUUGCAAUGUCUCCCUGCAGCUGACUGAAGCGGCCCAUUGCUAGCAAGAAUCUUAACAUAAAUGUGUGUAAAAUUAAUGUGAUUCCUAGCUGCCCAGUGCUCUGAAUGUCAAAGUCAAGAACUUCAAUAAAAGUUAAUGAUCAGGGUUUAAGAGACAGUAUACAUUGCUCCUCAUAAAAGUGUGAUUUGUCAUUAGCAGACAUUUAAUUUGUGCAAGCGCAAAAUGCCAAAGGUUUGAAGCGCCUCUUCAAAACUUCUAUAUAUGUCCUAUUAAUUGGAGUCACCAUCUUUUCUGACCCUUGGAGACUAAAUAAAGACUAAAACCGAUCCCCACUUGUAAUUUAUGGCUUUUCGGGUAAGUGCAGAAGUGGUUCAUGUACUUAUGAUGAGGACGUUCUGACCUGAGCAUCUAAGCAGCAAGUUCGUCAAGGGGAAGAGGCUGGGAAAUGGGAACGGGAGAGCGUAGGCCUUUUCUUGGAAAUGUCUGUGUUAAUAUUAAAAUGCCCAAAUGGUAAACCACAGGAAAACAUGGAGUAAAAAACCCACUUAGUACCGAAAGCUUCACUAUAAGUCAAUGCUUAGAAAAAAAGAGUGACAUGUUAAGAUGCACUCCAGUCUCUGGGAAUUUGUUGUUUGGGUUACCGCUAUUGAAAGUUGCUAAGAUGGGAAUAUCAAGUAGGAGGGAAUCUCUAUAAAGCACUGGGCACAACAUUUUUUAUUCUAAAGGAAAUGUUUAUUCCCAUCCCACUUUAAAAGCAGAACACGUUUUAGAUUAAGUCAUGGAAACCCAAAACAUUCAAGCGAUUUUUCCCCCGACUUUCCACAGCAAACAUUUAUCACGAUAGCAUAAAUAUACACACAUUGUAAGACCUAUACACUAGAAUGAUUACUGCAAAAAAUGUUAUUGAAGUUAACAUCUAUUAUUUGCUCUUAGCAUGUGCAGUGCAGCCAGUCAUAAUUUGUGAGAAGUAUGCAAUUUAUUGCAGGCUGAACAGCAUAUCAAAAAUAUGUAACCCAAAAGUGUGAUAUCCAGUGUCUUUUUGCAUGUUUUUUAUUAUUAUUAUUUAAAAUGUGUCUCUCAGACACUUAUACUCUUGCAUGUUUCUUUAUUAUACUGUGUGUGUGUACCUGUGUCACUAAAUCUAAUAACAUUCAUUCAUACAUGAGCAUGGUUGGUGCUUACAGAAGUCCUUACUGAUGCCCCACAAUGCUAAUUUUUAGUUGACUGCAGGACAGGUUUAGUUUAAUAUGGCUAUCAUCACCUAAACAUAAACUAAGAGAAAUUAAAUUAAUUUGACAAGAAUUUUAAGAGCAGGUUUAGCUCUUUGAGUAAAAAGUGUUUUUAUAAUUAUUUAAAAAAAUAUGAAUUUUGUGGUUAAUAAAUAAUACAAUUCUACCCUAAUAAGAUUGUCAAAAUUGUCAGUAAGGACUACACGAGUACCUUGCUUAUUCAUGAAAUCUGCAUAAAACUAUAUGCAUGUAUGUUUGUUGAUCAUAUAAAAUCCAUAAUCACAUUAAAGUUCUGAAGAUUUAUUUAUUUUUUCAGAUGUACAUAUCAGCAACAAUUCAUUUUAAUUUAUUUUCUCUAAGAUUGAUUGUCUGAUUGUUUAAUAUUCAAGUUAAAAAGUACCAAGAUAAGAGUGUGUCCUUUCUUUUAUUUAU